AAAAAACAAAAAAAAAAAAAAUUAAAAGAAAGAGAGAGAUCCUGUCACAAUAAAAGGAGUUACACUAUUUGGUACUAUUUUCUUUUUUCUUUUUCUUUAUGUUGACUCCUGAACAACAAAGGGAAAGAAUAAAACAACUUCGAGACCAAAUUGGUCAAGUAGAUUAUCCAUUAACAGACGAGUACCUUGAACAAUUUCUCAUUGCUCGAAGUUGGAAUGUUUCAGGAGCCAAGGACCAACUGGUAAAGACAUUCGAAUGGAGAAAAUCGAAUGGAAUAGACCUUCACCCAGUAGCAACAAGGGAAAACAAAUUACCCGUGUUAUAUGCCGUCCGUGGAUACGAGUCAAUUCCAGACAGCAACCUCGAGGCACUACCAGGUGUAUCUGAAUCUGUGCUGAGAAUAAACAAGUAUAUGGGAGGCACUUGCUUGCAUAAGACAGAUAGAGAAGGAUGUCCUGUUUACAUCGAAAGACUGGGAUAUCAUAAAGCCAAAGAUAUAGCCAAGAAUGUAAACACGGAAGAAGUCGAAUGGUAUCAUAUUGCAUGCACAGAGUUUCUGAAUCGAGUCAUCAUGAAGGAUUGUUCAAAGAAAGCAGGACGCAUCAUCAACAGAGAAACGGUCAUUUUUGAUUGUACUGGCAUGGGCUGGCACCAGUUGCAUAUGCCUGCUUUAAACUAUAUCCGCGCCAUCGCUCAUUGUGAUCAGAAUUAUUAUCCAGAAACGCUCAACAAACUCUUUUUGAUCAAUGCACCUUCGGCAUUUGUCUAUGUUUGGAAAAUAGCAAAGACUUGGCUGGACCCAGGGACAAUUGCCAAGAUACAGAUUUUGGGAUCUGACUACAAAGACACUUUACUAAAACAAAUUCCUCCAGAGAACUUGCCUUCCUUUUUAGGUGGUGAAUGUACUUGUGAGCAUAUGGAUGGUGGUUGUGUUCCUUCUCAAGUAUUGAAAAAUGCAAAACCCUUGGAAGCACGUGAUGAUAAUGAAAAGGUGUCUACUGCUUAUAAUACAAGCAUCAUGAACGAAGCGAAAACAUCGGCUGUAGUUCGAGGUCCAAGUUUCUACGGACAAUGAGUUUAUUAAACAAUUUUUUUUUAGUCAAAGAGACCUAUUUAAAUAAAGUUAGUCCUAUGUCAUGUAUGUUAUAUGGUAGACGUACCGAAACCCAUGUCAUCGUCAGAUUCUUCCUUCUCUUCUUCC